GGAGAGAGAGAAGAGAGAGGGAGGGAGAGAGAGAGAGGGAGGGAGAGAAGAGAGAGGGAGAGAGAGAGAGGAGGGGUGAGAGAAGAGUCCCAGACCUCAGAGAUCCACGACAUGGACCAUGAACACCGAGCCUCUUGAUUCUGAUGCUGCUGGAAACAAACAUGAAACAUGGCUCUCCUGAGAAAAAUUAAUCAUGUCCUCAUGGUGCUGGUGGUGCUGAUGUUGUGCCUGCUCCUGCACAACACUCUGUUCAGAGCCCCCGCUCGGACCAAACUCUCAGACCACCGGAGGGGCCGUGGGAACGCAGCUCGAGGUCCUGCAGAGAGAGUGCCGGAGGCCGACAGUGUCAUCCCCGUCAUCAUCUGUGCAUCCGAGGAGCGUAUGGGUGGAACCAUGGCAACUAUCAACAGCAUCUACAGCAACACAGACGCCAGCGUUUUCUUCUACAUUGUCACUUUCCGCGAUGCUGUGAAACUGACGAGGCAGUACAUCGAGAAGACCAAGCUGAAAGGCAUCAGGUAUAAGAUCCUGGAAUUUAACCCCAUGGUUCUACGUGGAAAAGUGAAGCCGGACUCCUCCCGACCUGAGCUGUUACAUCCGCUCAACUUCGUGCGCUUCUACUUACCCCUGCUUGACAUCAAGCACAGGAGGGUGGUCUACUUAGACGACGAUGUCAUCGUGCAGGGAGACAUCAAGGAUCUGUUUAACAUCCACCUGAAGCCCGGACACGCUGCAGCGUUCGCCACCGACUGCGACCUGCCCUCCACCCACGAGAUGGUGCGCAGCAUCGGCAUGCAGACAACUUACAUGGGCUUCCUGGACUACAGGAAACAGGAAGUGAAGGACCUGGGCAUCAACCCCAGAGACUGCUCCUUCAACCCCGGAGUGUUUGUGGCAGACAUCAGUGAGUGGAAGAAACAGAAGAUCACCCAACAGCUGGAGAGGUGGAUGGAAGAGAACUUCAGGCAGAACAUAUACAGUAGUGCCAUGGCAGGAGGUGUGGCGACCCCGCCCAUGCUCAUCGUUUUCCAUGACAAGUACACAACACUGGACCCGCUGUGGCACGUCAGACACCUUGGCUGGAGUCCAGAUGCCCGCUAUCCAGAGAGCUUCCUGCAGGAGGCCCGGCUGCUGCACUGGAACGGCCCCUUCAAACCGUGGAACUAUCCUGCCGUUCACCUGGACCUGUGGGAGAGGUGGUUCAUCCCAGACCCCUCCGGAAGAUUCUCCCUGGUUCGACCUGACGUAGACAGCUGAGCUACCUGAGGUACCUCAGGUACCUGAGGUACCUGAGGUACCUGGACCGCACCACGUCUGACCCCCCGGGAGGGGGGGUGCACAGUGAAUGUAAUGUACAGUGAAUUGAAAUCAAAUGUUGGUCAAGUCUGUAUUAGAAAAUGUGACUCAUCUGUUGUCUCAAGCCUUAGAGGUGCAAUGGUGACCGUUACCUGUUCAGAUAUUUUCAAAUAUCAUUCGCAGGAAUUUGGUCAAAGUGAAAGUGAGAACAGGGACACGUUUUUUUCCAUUUUGUUUUUCUUUGCAAACUUGAAAUAAAUUCUCUGAAUUUUU